UGUUGAACAAAAGAGGGAGAGAGAGAUGAGGUAGCAACAUAGCAAGCACAAGAGCUCAAUUUGACAUCCCACGGCGUGGUCUGUAGCCUAAUUUUACCGUUACCGUUUACCAUAGCUUGUAUCAAAAGAAAAAGACAAUUCGGCGAAUUCUGGGUGGAGAUUUUAAUCGUAACUUACUGAACUUGUGUUCUCUUUUCUCGCACGUUGCAUUUUCUGUAAUAUUUGGAUUUGUGAUCAAGAAAAGCAAAAUGUUAAGGAUAAUGUUUCAUGUCACUCAAUAAGAUCAGUUGAAGAAGAUCAAAAGUCCAAUCAAGACCAAUCAUCAAACAGGCCCAAACUACCAGUGAAAACAACAUCGUCCGCAUUCUGCCAUGGCUUCCAACACCAAUGUUGCCCCCAGUGGAGUGGAGGGAGAACAGCAGCCAGAGCAGACUGUCACCUCCCAGCCAACCAGCGCUGAGCACCAAGAGACAGCCCCUGACUCCAGCCAAUCAGAACCCAAAGACCACUUGGCAGUAAUCAGCGAGAAGAUGGAGACCAGUAAUGGAAUGUGUGCUGCCGACUCCUCGCCCACAUCUUCCAUCUCGUCCCCCAAGCGACUGCAACACGCAAAACCAACCAACGGCCGGGCGCGGAAAGGAAGCCGCUCUGGGUCCCUGCUGGGUCAUGGGGCAGGGUCUCCCAGGCCUUCCAUCAGCCGUCAGCCCAGCACUGUGACAGAGGAGGACAACGGCAAGCCCCCUAGAGACUACCUGAUCCUGGCCAUCCUGUCCUGCUUCUGCCCCUUGUGGCCCAUCAACAUCGUGGCUCUCGUCUUCUCUGUUAUGUCGAGGAACAGCCUGCAGCUGGGGAACGUUGACGGGGCGCGGCGUCUGGGCCGGAACGCAAUGGUGCUGUCCAUCGUCUCGCUAGUUGGCGGGGUCAUCAUCAUCAUCGCAGCCAUCGUCUUAAACUGGGGAAGCAUAAUAAAAUCCUGAGGGUCACCAUGGAAACCAGGAGCAAGAUCACAAGACAAGCACACAAAACAACCAUCCCAACCAGACUUUUCCCCUUUCCUACGAUCAAAACACUAUUCUACAAAAGCACCUGCAACCUACAGUAUAGUCCCUCGUCCCUUUUUUUGUUGCUGCACGAGCAUGUAUGGCCUGUAAUAUGUUCUCUGAAAUGGAUAGACAAGUCCGUCAUCUCUACCUCCUACACCACGGACCCCAACGCUGCCACCAGUGGUGUUAGGGCACGGUAAACGUAUGUAAACGCCGGAUACGCACGUUUUUAAUUUUGCUCUAGUGUUUACCCACCUUUUGCAGACAAAUGCAUUAUUUACCGCGAACAGCGAUCAGGAGUUACCCACCUAUUUUUGUUGACCACUCGUCACUUGCUGCCGCCAUCACUCAGAAAGUCGAAGGCGUCAUGUAGAACAACACUGAGGUAGGAUAGACAGUGACAACCAGACUGGUUCCUCUGAAUAAGAGAGACACGUCUAACUCUGGUCAACGAUGCCAUGAUCCCCUGCAAUGGUUGCAUGAGUCUCUCAGACUGUAUUUAAUGUCUCUGCAUAGUUUUCCAGGACCAGGCUGCCUCUCCCAGGCUGCUCCUCCCAGGCUGCUCCUCCCGAGCUGCUCUUCCCAGGCUGCUCCUCCCAGGCUGCUCCUCCCAGGCUUCUCCUCCCAGGCUGCUUCUCCCAGGCUGCUCCUCCCAGGCUGCUCCUCCCAGGCUGCUCCUCCCAGGCUGCUCCUCCCGAGCUGCUCCGAACGUGACAAAACACGGUGUCACCGGCAAAGGACAUCUGCUUUUCUCUGUACUGGGAUUAUUUUCUUCCACUGUACCAUUCAUCUCCAGUCAGUCCACACCACUGUAACACAACCAAGGAAUCCUUUUAACUGUGACGUCAGAAACCAUCUCACACUAUGGGAGCAAGUUAAAGAAGUCAAAGGGAGAGUUAGGGAGGGAGGUGACAGGAUUGGAAUUGAUCUUUGAUAAAUGUGAUGAUGUUGAUGGGGGGGGGGGGGGCUUUUUUGUUCUGAAUUUGUUCCAUAUCGUUCUUUUCUGUAAAGGGGGGGAGGAGUUAGAGACAGAUGGGACCAUCUGUAGUUUGAUUUAGGGAAAAACCUUGGGUCCCCAUCUAUCUUUGCUUCAUCGUCUUCGGUUAAAAAUACCUGGAAUCUGGGGAGAAUGAGCCACUCUGGGUUGGGGAUUGAGGCAGGGCUGGUAACUCGCAUGCACUCUAAAACAUGCACACACACACACAAACAUCACACACACACACACACACACACACACACACACACACACACACACACACACACACACACACACACACACACACACACACACACACACACACACACACACACACACACACACAAACAUCCAUACGGUGGAAUGUGAGAGAAGACAGAUGUACGCAGUUACACACAGAGACACAGGCAGGCACACCCAUACAGCGGAAUGACAUUCUCAUUGGCUGAGAGAAGGAGGGAGAUAAAGAACAGGAGAGGAGAAGAGGGAGGGGAGGAUUGGGGAUAGCUGCAUGGGCUUCAGUCCUUUGUUUGGCACAGAUAGAGGCAAAGAGGAUGUGUGUGUGUGUGUGUGUGUGUGUGUGUGUGUGUGUGUGUGUGUGUGUGUUUGCGUGCGUGCUUGUGAGAGAGAGAAACAGAGAGAGACAGAGAGGGGAAGAGAAAGAGAGAUGGUGUGGUGCUUGAUACUGAUGCUGGAUAAAAGUCAGAGAAUAUACUAGACUGGAAAAACAGACUGAGCAGAGCCGGUUCUAGAAUAAACACAAAAGACAGGCAGUCAUUUUAAUUUGGUUGCUUACUCUUCAUUUCCCCCGCUUCUGUCCAGUAUAUACCUCCAUAUCAUCUAUUCCUUAUUGGUAACUUAUUUAUUCAUUUUACCUUUACUUUAACAGGGUGUCCUAUUGAGACCAGGGUCUCUUUUGCAAGGGAGCCAUGCAUCUUCCAAUUCCACAACAACAAUGUUAUGACAGUCUGCUUGACAGUAUUUACACAAUUCUAAACAUAGUCUACCAUCUCUGGUCAGUUUGAAUUCAUUCCUCUCACUUCAGUAUUGCAAAUGUAUUGCCCACUUUACCUCUCACCUCUCUAAGUAUGCAUUCGUUAUCUUUGAUGUUUGCCUCUUUUGUUCAAAUUCUAUACAAAUGCCUCACUGGGGUGUUUGGUCAGUUGUUACUCUCUCUCCUCCCUGGUCAGUAUCAGCUCCUAUGUGCUUAGUGUUUGCCCUUGUCUGGUUGUUAUUCACAGAGCAGAAUGACCUCUUCUCCCUCUGGGAGUCAGUCAGUGUGUCACUGUGUGCCAAAGCCUGGAAUGUGAGCCAAGCCACAUACAGUAGGGGCAAGGCAGUCUUUUGCUUGACUCUGGCUAAGUGCUCUGUCGGUGUGUGUGUCUGUGUGUGUGUGUGAGAGAGAGAGAGAGAGCAAAAGAGUGUGAGAGAGAAAUGCAGUGUGUGUGUGUGAGAGAGAGAGAGAGCAAAAGAGUGUGAGAGAGAAAUGCAGUGUGUGUGUGUGUGUGUGUCUGCCCCCGGACGCUGUUUUUAGGGAGAAGCAGUUGAGUCAGUCCCCUCCCACUCACUUUAAAGGUGUCAUAUUCUACUUGGCACCCACAUUCCCUUCACUUCCUGAGCCCAGUCCCCUGUGCAUGUUUACAGUAUCGUUUAGAGUGCGUUUAUACUUAAGAGUUUUUAAUGGAGGCUGGGUUAACUCUAAUGCUUUUACACCAAGGACAUCUUUAGGUAGCUGAGAGGCUCGUUGACCCGUACAGCGCGUUGUAAAUAAAUCACAUGCAUAUUUAUUUGUCAUGACGACACAUGAUGUUCACGUCCAAAGUUGACUUUUUCCACUGCGAUUUGUUUGUGGGUCCAGAAUAAUCUAUGCCAAUUUGUUAUUUUGAGACUCUGCUCCACCCGACCGUUUGGAGCACUUCCUCAGAACCACCCUUGAGGUCUACGCUAGCUACCAUAGAAAGGCUACAAUAUGGUUGAAAACCAAAGGGGAAGGUUUCCCAUGAGUGAGAAUGUUCCACUCUGACAGUGCCAGAGUUUGAUGUUUGGAAGGUUAGUGAGGGGGUGUGUCCCAAUAAUAUAUCCUUUCUACUGAAGUGUACACUCGUUCAAUAGUUCCCACUAAUCUAAAAGCAUUGGAUUAGUGGAGGCAUGCAGGGUGGGAAAUUCCGUUUUUAGUCCAUCAGCCGUGGAUGCCCAAAUUUGACCAGCCACAAAAAAAUGAAGAUAAAUCACAGAAAACGCAUAAACAAAUAUGGUUUUUUCAACAACAAAAAAAUGACAUGUGGGCUUUAUAAAUAAAUAAUAAAACUGCCCCAAAAUGCUCUGUGUGAUCACCCGCCGAUGUGGCUGGUAAGAAAAGACAUUCUACCAGCUAAUGACAAAAUCUACCAGCAUUUGGCUGGUGGCUGGUUUUCCUUUCCCACCCUGGAGGCAUUGGCUAGAGGGAGUUUCUACAAUACCUAUUGUACCAGUUAUUUAUUUUCAAAGUUAACAAGUGCACACUUUGGGAGGAAGAAGAGAUCAUCAGGACAUUGCCCAAGUCUCCUGUAAUCCCAUUCACGCCAAAGUGUAGCAUGUCUGUUCGUACUAACCACAUAAGCAAAAUAUAUGCAGCUGAAAGUGAAAGCGGACUUUUGGCUUCUUUUAUUUCCAUUUCUCAAUGGUUGUGCACAACUAUGGAUAUUUAACCUGCUCGCACUAUAUUGUAGAUGUAUGUAUAUAUUUAUUUAAAUACCUGAUUAUGCCUUUGGUUUGAUAUGGACUGUUAUUGAGCUAUUAAUUAUUUUGUAUUAUUACAUUAUUAUCAUCACUAGUAUCACUAUUGUCAUGAUUAUGGUUCUAUUUCACUGUUAUCUCUGCUAGAGUUGUUGUUCUCUUUAUGACAAUUGAACAACACAAAGGAAACAAUAUUCUACAAUGGCCUUCGCUGUUAUUCAACUCGGUUGGUUUCUGAGCUUCCUUGACAAGAGAACGCAAAAAGCAUGUUUACAGUUAGUUACACAAUUCAUAUGCAGAUACCUUAUGUGAUCACAACGACGAUGACCAACCAGUUCAUGAGAUAAUUUAUACACACACCGACAUAAAUGUCUUGAGUAAAUCUCCAUAUUUUCUUCGUAAUUUCCUAUUAAUCUCUCAGGUCUUUCUUUCUCCCACCAAUUCAUGAAUUCCUUAAUUAAGAACUGAAUUAUUCCCAACUAAUUCAUGUUCUUCUGAUCCUUCUUAUUUUCUAUAGAUUAUCAUUAUUUUAUUAUAUGCUCUUAUCCAAAGCGAUACAUUUUUACAUAUGGUUGGUCCUGGGAAUCGAACCCACAUUCCUGGCAUUGCAAGCACCACACUCUACCAACUGAGCCAUGUCGGAUCACUUUACAAUUAUCUAUUUGAUCCCCUUUUCUGUUUGUUGUAAACUACAUCCUGCCCAAUAUAAUCUAUAUCCUGUUUUGAUAUAUUAUCUCUUUGGAGGAGAGAUCUUGGUUCACUCCCAAAUGAAACCCUACUCCAUUUCUGGUCCCAUGGGGCUCUGGUCAAAAGUAGUGCACUAUAUAGGGAAUAUGGUGCCAUUUGGGAGGUAACCACAGACUGCAGCACCGGUGGUACCAGACCAUCAGACCAUUAGUUAAUCAGUGUUGUUGUUCUUAUUGUCGUUGAUUACAGAUCUAUAAUAUAAUCCUGAAUCAGACAUCUGUGCAGACUUGCCUGACUGUGCAUGCCUUAAUUGACUGCUUUAUAAACAUACAGUAUGAGUAUGUAUGUACACUACUAUGUUAAUCCAAUAUAUUGAUAAAGCACUCUGUAUUGAUCUUGA